GUUUCUUUUAGACUACAAGGAGAAAAGGUGUUGUGUUAUACGGUUUAAACGCGUACGAUUGCAUAUGGCGGAAAUUUUUUGUUUUUAUUUUUUUCUACUAUAUAAAAAUUUGAAACGAAACGAGUGCGAUAAUCAUCAAACAGACUAGUUAGUGUCGAAAUAAAACGAAUCUUAAAGGACCGGCUAUAAAGCAUAGACGUGUUUAAGUGGAAAACGCAUAAAGUGAAGUGUAAAUAUUUUCAAAUUCACUAUAUUUUUACAAUAUUUUUCGUAUAUAUGUAUGCAUGUAAUAGAGAGUGUAAGCGUAUUAGUUCAUUCAAUCGUCGCCUCCAAAAAUUCCUUUGUGUGCAGCGGUAAUGAGUGUAUGUGUGUAUUUGACUCUUAUAUACAUAUAUUUGUGUGCGUUCCGCUUUCCGAACUGUUGCGCACACCUUAAAAGUGGCUGGUAGCCAAAAGCAGUCACUGAACGGCGACGAGCGCGGUGCCAGAAGCAGAAUCGACAAUGGCGGUGACGCCGGCAGCGACUGCUGUUGAACGCGAUCAAAAGCAAAAACAAUAAAAGUGUAAAUACAUAGGUAGCAGCAGACAUUUGUGUAGAUGGAGACGGAAGCGAAGACGGUGACUGAGUGUUAUGAGAUAAAAGACGAAGCAGCAACAAAAGCAGAUAAAAGUGGCUGUAGAAAGGAAUAGAAAAUAAUACGUGUAUAUAUGUAAAAUGCUUAUGCUUUUAUUAGAAAUAUAGAGUUUUCUCACAGUGAGACAGGAUUAAUAUGCGAAAUGAAAAGGAACGGAGUUACGGCAAAAAAUAUUGCAUAUAAAAAUUAUUUGUGGAAAAAGAGUUGCAUAAAAGUUGUGUGCAGACAUUAUAUAUGAGUUAUUUAUGCAUAAAUAUAUUGAGUAUUAGCGCAUAUAUUUCGAUACAGUUAACUUUUGUUUGAUAGACAAUUUUUCCAAGUUUUACAACGUCAUUCUUAUUUAACACUUGUUUAGUCUUUGACCACCUAAAUCAUAAAUACGCAAUUAUUUGAAAAAUCACCAUAAAUAAAUAAAUAAAUGUGCAUUUCGAGUAAAGUACUUGUUCAAAUACUCAAAUGUAGUGUAAGGUUAACAGCGGGAGCGAUAACAAUCAAAAAUGAAUUAUAAUUAAAGCAGCAUAACAAUAGUGUUUCCGCGUCGACGUUGGCGUCAACGUACCCAACGCUAGCAGCAUCGUAAAUGCCUGCUCUGUAUUCUUGCCUUUGAAUCUAUAUUAGGUUUUUUGGGGCAGUAUGUUUGAUCAAUUGUGCAAAUUAAUUUCAUUUAUUUUUUCAAUAGGUUUAUAACAUAAUAUUAUUUACAAUAUGUUAAUGAUUCUGUAUAAAAAUUUCAUAUUAAUGAAUUCUAUGUAAUAAAUUAUUCCACUUAAAACCGCAAGAAAUAAACACAACCUCGUUUUGUGUCUGAAAAUAGACGAGUGCAUAAAUUUUUAUUAAUAUAACUAGCAGCUUAAUGUAAACCGCAAAGGGAAGUGACAAAAAUAAGCUAACAAACACAUAGCCCCAGAGCAUAAAAUGUCUGAGGGGACUUCUACAGCCGUCGCCGCCGUUGCCGUUGCCGUUGUGGUAGCCAACACUGCACAAGCACAGCAAAAUGGUCGCUAUCGUGCAUAUUGCGAUUUCUGUACCCAGUUGUUUACUAUAUAUAUAUGUAUAUAUUAACUUUUAGUAUCAUCAACUACAUAUGUACAUAUUUGCUUGUCUUAGCGAAGUAGUACAUAAAACAAUUUCAUUUUACUGCAAAUGAGCACGCGUCGUCUUGUUUUAUAUGCAAAUCAUACGCAUUGCUAUACUAUGCCGCGCUGCGCUACUUUGCUUUGUCCGCGACGCUGAUGAAGUCAAGUGAAUCGGGUGAAGUGGUUGCAAAGCUGCUGACGACGGCAAUCAAAGUGACUUGAGUGUGCUGAAAUGAAGUUUUUGUAAGUUGUUGCGGUAAAGAGUGGGCUCAAGGGGCGGCAAUCAUGCAAAGUUUUGUCUGUGUUCUCCAAGUUUGCUGUGGUUCCUUUGAGCUGAAAAAUACAUUUAAAAAAUAUAUAAAAGUUUAUUUAACAUAAUUUUACACAAACAACAACAGUAUUUUUGUAGUCACAGAACAGAGAAAGCGUUUGAGUUUACAAAGUGAUAUUUCUACAAAACAAGAUUAAAGAUUAUUGCAUAAUUUCGCCGUAAAGCGAAACGCCUUUUUAACAAACAAACAAAAAAGUAAAAAAAUAUAUAUAAUAAUAAUUUAUAUUUAACGACGACACGCGCAAAGCAGCAAAAGCCGAUAAGUGAAACGAAAUUCAAAGAGCCAUACAUAAAAAAUAUUAUUAAUACAUAAAUUAAUAAACGUGUGUGUGAAACAUAUCUUUGAAUAAGAUUUUAGUUUUUUUAUUUAUAUUUUGUACGUGCAAAAAAAAUUUUGUUUGCCAAUUUUUGUUGUUGUUUUAAACACGAACACACAAAACGACGGCGGCGGCAGGCAAACUCUUAUAUUUGCCUACCGAGAGGGAAGUAAAAAAUUUAUGCUUAAAUGGAUGCAACAUCAAUAAUCACACAAGUCUCACGCGACGAUGAGCAGUUAAACGUGUGUCCAAAUGAGAAAGAUGAUGUUGAACGUUUGAAACCACCAAAACGCGGCUUCUUUCAAUCGUUUCUAUGCUGCUGGCGACGUAAUCGUACGAAAACCAAUCAAAAUGGCACAUCAAUCGAUGGUUCCACAACACCGCCACCAUUACCGGACCAACAAAGGUACCUACUACCUCAGGUUAGGCACUCGGAUAUGCAUAAAAAAUGCAUGGUCAUCGAUUUGGAUGAGACAUUAGUGCACAGUAGUUUUAAGCCGAUUCCAAAUGCUGAUUUUAUUGUACCAGUGGAAAUUGAUGGCACCAUACAUCAAGUUUAUGUACUCAAACGGCCCUAUGUCGAUGAGUUCCUGCGAAAAAUGGGCGAAUUGUACGAGUGUGUUUUAUUUACAGCAUCACUAGCCAAAUACGCAGAUCCCGUUGCCGAUCUGUUAGACAAAUGGGAUGUGUUUCGCGCAAGACUGUUUAGGGAAUCGUGCGUUUAUUACAGGGGAAAUUAUAUUAAGGAUUUAAAUCGUCUUGGACGUGAUUUACAAAAAAUUGUCAUUGUUGAUAAUUCACCAGCGAGUUAUAUAUUUCAUCCAGAUAAUGCGGUUCCUGUAAAGUCAUGGUUUGAUGACACGAACGAUUCGGAGUUGCUUGAACUGAUACCGCUGUUUGAAAAGCUCAGCAAAGUCGAUUCUGUAUAUAGCGUUCUGUGCAAUUCCAAUAAUCCGCUGAAUAAUGUUGCGAAAAUUAACAACACGAAUCAACAGCAAAUGUCCAUGCCGCAGUCGCAGUUGCAGCAAACUGUGCAACAACAGCAACAAUUGCAAAUACAAACGGCACAUCCACAGAAUCAGCAGCAGGGAGGAGUGCAACAGACGAUCACAGCAACAACGGUAAUUACGCAAGCGACUACAAUAUCAGUACCGACAUUGCUGACGACACAGCAUCCACAUCAGUUGCAACAGCAGCAACAACAACAACAUCAUCAGUUGCAAACAAACCAGCAGCAGCAGCUGGAAGGUAGUCCGCCAAAUCCGCCCGAUUUAAGUAAUAAAACGUAACAUCAGUGGGAAUUGAUGUUUAUUAAUAUAUAAUUUACGUUUUUUGCUUUUAAAUAAAUUAGCAGACACACAUACAUAUAUAUACAAACAAACAAAAAAUAUGUAUAUAAUAAACAUAUAAUAUUAAUAUUAUAUAGACAUAUACAUACAUAUAUAUUUAUAUGUAAACAAGAAAUUAUACAAUACACAAAUAAACAAAUUAACGCGCUACCUAUUCCCCCGCGAAAUACUUUCCUAUAACAAUUGCUGCAAUUUUUUUUUAUUAAGAAAAAAGAAAAAAACAAAAAAAAAAACAGAAAUUGAAUUAAUACUACUUAUAUAUAUACAUAUAUACACAUGCAAAUGUGAAACAAAUCGAAGAUAUAAAUAUGCUAUAAUGAGUAUAUGUAUGUAUUUAUAAAUAAUACAAACACACACAUGUAGGCUAAGUAUGUAGCAAAGAAUUGCAUAUACAAACACAUCAAACAUAGUACAUACAACAUACUUAUAUACCAACAACAAAUUAACAGAAGAUGCUGAACAAGUUUAUAAUUAUUAUUAAGUGCAGCUGUAAAGCAUUACAUACAUACAUAACUACAUACAUACAUACAAGUAAUAAGUCAGGCAAAUGCAUACAAAUGUAACCCACAACCACCAAACAAAAGUAGCAGAAGCAGCAAAAAGUAAAAGUAAUAGAUAGUAGGGCAAAGUAGAAUCAGCGGCGUGUAAUAAAUUAUAGCUGUAGGUGUGAAAUGUGUGAAACGAACUCUUUGAAAAGUGCAGACGUGUGCGUGUAAGCGAAAAAAACGAAAUGAAAGACGAAUGCAAACAAAAAAAA